CUUGCUGCCUUGCCUUCCGCAUGGGCCGAGCGCGCAGAUGGCAAUCCCGACUCCUAUGUUAUUCUUGUCGCGCGCUGCACGGUACUACCUACAGCGCCUCUGCACUCAAGCAAACGUCAAUCCAAAUACUUUUUAACAGCAUGAACCCCAACCACUCGCACGGCGAGGACUGCCUAUGGGACUCGACCAUGGCUGGUGCGGGCGCGGCGCUGAAGGCAAGCUUCAUCAGUGGCGGCUUAUAUUAUGCAGCAAUGAAAUACAGUCCAUUCUUCCGAUACAGUUUCAAUGCGAGCGCGCGAACAGCGUUAACCAUCAUGCCCAUCUUCUACACGGGCUACCUGAAGAUGGAGCUCAGCAUGCACAAGUGCAUGCAGGACGUCAAGCCGGAGUAUGUGGCGAUUGAUGACGAUGACGAGCACAAAGUCAACACCUCGGGGCGGCGGCACUACUGAGCUCUGUGAUGCAGUGCUAUGAGGCAGCUGGCCGACGGGUCACAAAAGCACUUGCCUGCGACUGUACUACUAGCAACAAAACUCAAAUGGAGGAGCACAACAAUGAGUGCGCCCUUCGACCUCAUGUGGCCUUGGGCUGGCGUUGCGCCCCACUGUCGGGCGGAUGGCAGCGCAGAGGGGCGGCAUGUGGAGACUGUCGUGAGCGGCAGCCAGGCACCGGGGGCGCGAGCAUGCGCACGGUUACGGUUUACCAAGAUGACGGAUGGGCUUACGAAAGAUACGACAGAUGGAGGGACGAGAGACGGAGAGACGCACUCCGAUAACUGACAUGAGGAGAUGUUUGUGUGACCGUGAGCGUUUGCGUGUGCGUCUCAGCACGAUUAACCAGUGUGUAUACGGUUAAAGGUUUAGCAAAUGAUCACCUGAGCGCAGCUGUUGUGGUUCUUCCUGUCUGGUCGACCUGUGUAGUCCUCAGUUUGGCAAGGACUGGCCCCAGUUCUGUAGCACGUGUGUUGCCAGUUUUGUUGGGCGUACUGGCUGAUGCGUCGGCCCUGCUAAAGUCAGAGAACGUACUGCCUUUGGCCGUGGUGAUGUCUGUGCAUUCAAGGUUGCACGGGUUUCAGGGGUGAUUGUUUGAUCCAAAUAUGCGGCCAUGCACUGUGCCACUGUUACCUGGAGCCAAUAUGCCAAAUGCCGGCUAAGAUGGUUGCACGACAGUGGUAUUGGACCAUACACACCAUGUUUGUGCGUGUUUGUGGCUGCGUAGGCUGGUAGGAGCCGUCAUAAAGAAGGUCACGAAGGAGGGGUCUACGACAAUGGCUCAGACCGUCGCUGCUUGCUGGCUUCAAUCGUGUCAGGUCACUUUGUGGAGCAGCUUGGUGCGGUGAUGGUUAAAUGCUGGGAUGUUGUGAGCAGUCUCAGGGUGGAAUGUCGCGUUGGCUUUGAGGGGAGAGGGGCGCGCGGAGGAGGGCGUACUGUGUGAAGUGGCAGGCUCAGAGGCUGAGCUGUCAGCCUGUCACCGCAGGUAUUUUGCCCAAUGCGGAAUGCAACCGAUUCCGAUAUAUGAUG